GUGGUGAUCGGGUGCCCUUAUUUGUGAAUGAGAAAAUACUUAAAUACUUAAUCAUGCUCUAACAUUUAAUUAGAUUCUUGGACUAUUAUCUUGAUAUAAAAGAAAAACGUUUUCAUGUUCUGUUAUUAAACAAUUGUGCGUCAGGAAUGUCUGCCUACUCAGCAAGCGUGAAAACCAAUUCAGUCUUUUGGACUACGGUAUAUUUGAAAAAUUGUGAGUUAAAGCUUCUUAAUUGUUGCCCCAGUGUGACAGCACAAUGACAUAUUUGAUAUAAUCCUUCCCCCAUACUGGUUGCUCUCCUCAUGAUUUGACAGGUUGGGCGGCUGAAUAUCCAGAGCCUCUCUUAAGCCCCCGCCAGAAGCUAGCCACCGGACUACGCUGUGUGAAACGCUAUCAUGUCGAAAGGACUUGAAGUGGUCCACCUGUCCUCCGUCGCCGCUCCGCAUUCCCAAUCGUCAGCCACGCCGAUGGUGCGCCAGGUGUAUUCUUCAAGGUGACACGAUACAUGACGUCGUCAUCAUCAAUGGCGUCCCACUUCAGCAGGCGCAGUCUCUCGGACAUCUUGACGCUGGAGCGAUCCGAGCGAGGAGCGUUGGUCAUUUCCAACAUCGACGACCUUGAUGGAGCCAAUCAGAAACUGAGGGAAGGGGAUGAAGUCGUCGGGGCGACCAUCAAGUUCGACCAUCUGUCCAAGGAGGAGGUGAUGGGCGUCCUGAAGCUGAUGGAGCCGUACGAUGACAAAAUCCAAGUGCUCACCAAAAACAAUAUGAGCAAGAGCGUAGGGAACCUUGAUCAGUUCGCCGCCAGCCCUGAAACGAUGCUGCGCGAUUCUUACAGCAAGCUGUACAAUGCCAAAAUCAAACGCUUCAUGCGUAAGGACUUGUCCGAUGGCGAGAGUCUGAGAGACUUUGUCCAAACGCUCCCUCGCGCCAACAAACUCAAGACCAAACAAGACUCUGACUUGCCUCGUCUGGGAGUGGACUUUGGACGCCUAAGUCGCAACACAAUGGUCAGGCGUUUCAGCGCAGACUCUGAGUCCAGUCACGCUGCUUAUGCGUCGGGAGCGUUUGCCCAGGGGGCCAACCUGAACCUCCCUCCUCUGGGCACGAGCCAGGUGAAUGCAAGUCCACGGGUUCGCGUGCCACAGCUGCUGAAUGUUCGCAGUCAGUCGGUGAACGCGAGUCUGGACGGCGAACUUGGCUCUGGGGUUUAUCUCAACGGAGACGACGUGGAUGCCGCAGCGGCCCUUAGAGCUGCUGACAGGAGAUACCAAAUGUACAACCACUCCAACGGCAAUGCAGAAUUUGAUGUGAAUGGUUACGACACUUCACCCACAAUGCUUCUGGCUGGACCAUCAUCGCGAUUAAAUGCGCCACAGUUCAAUCUUAAUGGGCGUGGUGGACAAUUGGAUCUCCAGGGUUCUGCGUUAGACGUAGACGGCCCCUCAGGGGACUUUAACGUCAAAGCACCAAGGAUCAGAGGUGACGUCAGCAUGCCAAAUGCUCAACUCCAAAGGGUCAGUAUGCCCACCCCAGCAGUUAGGUCCAAGGUCCCCGGCGGAAAAUACAAGGCCCCUAAAUUUUCCAUGCCAAAGUUUGAUUUACCGGCUGUUGAGGUUCCAGACUUUGAUGGGGAUCUACCUGGCAUGGACAUUUCAGGAAUGGAUGUCGGACUCUCCAAACCAAAUUUCAAAGGCCUGAAGAUACCUGACGGGGGUUUGCAAGGUCCAAAGAUAAAAGGAGGCUUUAAUGGUCCUGACUUGGACAUAGACGCUCCAAACAUGUCAAAAUUAAAGAUGCCUAAAUUUAGUCGCCCAAGCCUUAAAGGACCUGACAUUGAUGCAGACUUGGAUGGUCUGGACAUGGACAUGAGUUCACCCAAACUCAAAGUCAAUGGUCCGAGUGCUGAUUUGGGGAUGCCAGAUGUUGAUAUUGAUGGAAAAUUCAAAAAGCCGAACUUAAAGAUGCCUGACUUUGGGCUCAAUGGUCCUAACUUGGACCUCGGAUCUCCUGACUUGGAUUUCAAUGGUCCUAAUUUCCGAGGGGGAGUCAAUGGGCCUGACUGGGAUGCAAACGUGAAAGCUCCCAAGUUAGAUUUGAACUCACCAGACAUUGACCUACCAAAUCCCAAACUAAAGACGCCCAAAUUAAAGAUUCCAAAAUUUGGUCGUCCAAGCCUUAAAGGUCCUGACAUCGAUGCAGACUUUGAUGGUCCGGACAUGGACAUCAACACACCCAAAUUUAAACUGCCCAAAGCUGACUUAGGGAUGCCAGACAUUGAUAUUGAUGGAAAAUUUAAAAAGCCAAAUUUGAGGAUACCUGAUUAUGAUCUCAGUGGUCCUAACUUAGACAUCGGGUCUCCCGACCUGGACCUCAGUGGCCCUAAUUUCCAAGGUGGGUUAAAUACACCAGAUCUUAAGAUGCCCAAACUCGGUCUUAAGACCCCAACACUGGACCUCAAAAGUCCAAAUUUGGACCUGCCAGAUGUUCAUGCCCCAGACCUAAAUCUGAAAGCUCCAAAGAUAAAGGGUGGAAUCCAUGGGCCUGACUUGGAUUUACCCAAAGUGGACCUCAAGGCUCCCAAGUUAGAUAUGAAGACUCCAGACAUUAACAUUGGAUCACCCAAAACAAAAUUUAAGUUUCCUAAGAUGAAGAUGCCAAAAUUCAAGCGCCCAAGCCUUAAAAGUCCUGACCUCGAUGCGGAUCUUGAUGGUCUGGACAUGGACAUCAAUGCACCCAAAUUAAAACUCAAAACUCCCAAAGCUGAUUUAGACAUGAAAGGGGUUGCGUUUGAUGGAAAACUAAAAAAGCCAAACUUGAAGAUGCCUGAUUUUGAUCUCAAUGGCCCAGACAUAGAUGGUCCCAACCUGGAUGUCAGUGGUCCUUCUCUCACUGGUGGAAUAAACACACCAGAUCUGAAAAUGCCAAAACUUAAUUUCAAAAACCCCAAACUGGACCUCAAAGGGCCAAAAAUGGACUUGCCCGAUCUUCAUGGUCCAGACCUGAACCUGAAAGCUCCAAAGAUAAAAGGUGGUAUUGAUGGCCCCGACUUGGAUUUACCCAAUGUGGAUCUUAAGGCUCCCCAGUUAGAUAUGAAAACUCCUGACAUCAACUUGGGAUCACCAAAGACAAAACUGAAGAUGCCCAAACUAAAGAUGCCUAAACUCGGUCGGCCAAGCCUUAAAGGUCCUGACAUCAAUGCAGACUUCGAUGGUCCAGACAUGGACAUUACUGCACCCAAAUUGAAACUCAAAGGUCCUCACGCUGAUUUAGGGAUGCCAAAUAUUGAUAUAGAUCGAAAGUUCAAAAAGCCAAACUUGAGUAUGCCUGAUUUUGAUCUCAAUGGUCCAAACAUAGAUGGUCCCAACCUGGACCUGAAAUCUCCCAACCUGGAUGUCAGUGCUCCUUCUCUCAAUGGUGGAUUAAACGCACCAGAUCUGAAGAUGCCAAAACUUAAUUUAAAAACCCCCAAACUGGAUCUCAAAGGGCCAAAUGUGGACUUGCCGGACCUUAAUGGUCCAGACCUAAACCUGAAAGCUCCAAAGAUAAAAGGUGGCUUUGAUGUUCCCAACUUGGAUUUACCCAAUGCGGACCUUAAAGCCCCUAAGUUAGAUCUGAAAACUCCAGAUCUAAACAUUGGAUCACCCAAAACGAAAUUUAAGUUUCCCAAGCUGAAGAUGCCCAAAUUGAGGCGUCCGAGCCUCAAAGGUCCAGACCUGGAUGUUGAUCUAGAUUCUCCAGAUCUGGACAUCAAUGGUCCCAAUGUCAACCUAAAAGGUACCAAACCGAACUUGGAUCUUGACAUUGGUGGUAAACUGAAGAAGCCAAAUUUGAAUAUGCCAAAGUUAGACGUGAAGAGCCCCAAAUUGGAACUCAAUGCGCCAAAGUUGGACCUCAAUGCGCCAGACUUAGAUGUCAAGGCUCCAGACUUGAACCUGAAAGCACCAAAACUCAAAGGGGGACUGAAUGUCAACAGUCCUGACAUCAACAUCGGCUCACCCAAAGCAAAAAUGAAAAUGCCCAAAUUAAAAAUUCCUAAAGUCAAUCUGCCAACCCUGAAUGGACCAGACUUUGACAGUCCAGACUUUGACAUUGAUGCCCCAGACGUGGAUUUAGGAAGACCGUCGGGUAAAUACAAGAAGCCGCACAUGAAGGUGCCUGACGUGGAGCUGUCGGGUCCAAACAUGAGGUCGCCAAAGUAUCAUGGUAAGGUCAAAGCACCCAACGUCGACAUGAACGUCAAAGCACCAAAAGUCAAAGGGUCUUGGGACACCCCGAAAGUGGACCUGCCAAACAUGGACCUUAAAACCCCAAAAAUGGAUUGGAAUGCCCCAGAAGCAAAAUACAGAAAGCCUCACAUGAGGAUUCCAAAAGGUUAUGACAUGGACCUGAAUGGAGGGGUGCGGGGUCCGGACGUCAGUUUCCCCGAUGUGAGGGGUCCAAAUUUGAAACCAACAAUGCCAUAUUUAGACAUGGACGACAUCGACCUCAACGGACCAGAUGUGAGUGUGUCAGGAACCAAUGCUAAACUCAGAACUCCAGAUCUGGACGUGGACGACCCAACUGUCAAAAUCAGGAAGUCCUUGCACGGUGGCUCGGGCGUGGCACUUCCCGGGCUUGACUUGGACCAGGACUUGAUGCAUUCACGCUUGGAGGGGGGGUCCCGAUACUCGGUGGAUGCCGACUUGGACCGCUACGUGGAUUUCACGCGUUCGGACCUCAACAUCGAUGACUUCACCGGGAAGCACCAUGUCCCCAGGGGCAGAGGGUCUGACCUGGACCUCCAGCUGCCCUCGACCUCCGAGGGGUUGAAUGCUGACCUGAGGGCCCCCCGAUUCAGUGGCACCACCCUGAACGCCGACUCCAUCUUGCAUCCCAGUCACGCCGUGAAGGCCGCCCACACUUUAAACGACGGUCGAUGGUCGUACUCUCAGAAAAGGGUUCCCGACACCUCGGACGGGUACCUGGUGACCGUUUUUCCCACGCAGGAAGAAAGCGAGAACAGGCUAAAGCAAAAGCUUGGCACGCUCGGCGGCCUUAACUUUGGCCCCGGAGACGUCAACUUGGAAGUUCCCGAUCAGGAUGAGCUGAAAGGCUCCACCUUCCUGUUCUCCAACCUUGUUUAGUCAUAUUUGCUGCAAAAUCCAUACUUUUUCUUUUUCUUUUUUUCUUCUUUUUUUUUUUUUUUUUUUUUUACUUUGGUUGGCAUUGUGCAAUACUGUAUACUGUGUAUAUAUGAAAUAUUCAUAAUCAUGUAGGUGUGCUUACCGGUCUGUCGCUUGUGUCUGUAUAAAGUACUUGUAAAUGUAUGUACUGUACAUAGGAAUAAAUGAUAUGUGGCUCAAAGUCACACGGAAAUGCACAAUUUCUGUAUUCUUUCCCAUCAUUGAUUCAAAGAUAAAGUGAUGAAAUGAAAACAGAAAACAAAAAAAAAAUGUAAAUAUGUAUGAUUGUUGCUGCCUAAUUAAAAUCAUGUCUGAAAAAUGUCUCAUGUAUGAAAGAAGCAAAAGUAUUUUUCUUGUUUCAGCCUAUCUCUGAAAGUUUGGAUAUACAGUACAUCCUUUUUUUUGGAUGGACACACACGCUAUAUUAAACGUGUAUAAUAUAUUCCAUGCACCCAUUGUCUGUACACCAGAAUCUUGAUGAGGUUAUUUUUAGUUUUUUUUUCACAAUAUUAAAGCACUUUAUUCAUACAGUACAAAA